AUGGAGGGUAUCAAACAAACAUUUACACAAUGCAAAGAAGGAAAUCGGCCUACCUUUGUAACCUUUGUUAGAGCUGGAUUUCCUACAGUUGAAGAGGCAGUAGACAUUACAUUGGGAUUGGAGGCUGGGGGUGCAGGUAUGAAAUACAGUUUUCCUUUCACGGACCCCUUCGCGGAUGGGCCUACGAUUCAGACCGCAAAUACCGUUCAGUCCACCCUAGGGAUGGUAACAGAAGCUCAGCAAACAGGUCUUAGAGCGCCGGUGCUAUUAAUGGGUUAUUACAACACACUUUUGAGCCAUGGCGAGGAGCAAUUGCCGAAUGACUGUCGUGCGACUGGUGUAAAUGGCUUAAUUGUGAUAGAUCUUCCUCCGCACAAGGCUGUGAAAUUCAGGAAUCUUUUUGCGGACUCAUUCGUCUACAUCGUAUCGCGUAUGGGUGUCACGGGUGCAACAGGUACUCUAAAUGCCGAUCUACCCCAGCUAUUGAAACGGACCAAGCAAUACAAUGGCAAUGUCCCAAUAGCAGUUGGUUUUGGUGUCAGCACACGAGAUCACUUCUUGAGUGUAGCCAGCAUAGCAGAUGGUGUUGUUAUCAGCAGUCGAAUUAUCACAACCUUGACCGAGGCGGCUCCUGGAGAUCGGUCCAAACCUGCGGAGGAAUACUGUGCUGGGGUAUGGGGAAGGAGAAAUUUCCUACAAUGUCGAACCACUCGAGGAGUUGGUACUAAUACUCCCGUGCAUGUGAAUGGUACCACUUAUUCAAAGGGCAGCCAGUCAGGAUUGCUUGAUGAACAGGAGGCAAUUAAUUCUGAAGGAGAAGAUCCAAAAGUCUUUCCUGCAGUAUUUGGUGAAUUUGGGGGCUCGGAUUCCCCAGAAUUACUAAUGAGUUGCCUAUCAGAACUGGAGGCAGGUUUUGAAAAACUUACGAACGAUCCCGAGCCUGGGCAUCUUCAUGUCGUGGGUCGCCUUACUGAACAGGUUGGCGGAGCCACUAUUUGGUUGAAGCGUGAGGAUCUGAACCAUACUGGAAGUCAUAAAAUUAACAACGUUCUGGGAAAGGUUCUUCUGGCUCGCCGGCUGGGUAAGACUGAAAUUAUUACUCAGACUCGGGCUGGCAUGCAUGGUGAAGCAACUGCCACAGUCUGCGCUAGAUUCAACAUGAAGUGCACCGUCUUGAUGGGAGCAGAAGAUAUCAGGAGACAAGCACUGAACGGAUUCACGAUCAAAUUACUUGGUGCUGAGGCCAUUCCUGUCGAGGCAGGCUCAAAAACGCUUAGAGACGCCGUCGACGAAAGUUUUCGAGUUGUUGUUGCGAAGGUGGACACUGCAUAUCAUAUUCUCGGUUCAGCUAUUGGCCCACACCCCUUUCCUACGAUCGCGCGCACUUUCCAGACUGUCAUUGGAGAUCAGACGAAGACACAAAUGCUGGAACAACGAAAUAAACCACCGGAUGCGGUUGUUGCCUGCAUUGGUAGGGCAAGUAAUCACUCAGGAAUGUUUUAUCCGUUUAUUAAUGAUCCAAGUGUGAAGCUUCUGGGAGUUGAAGCAGGGGAUGACGGCCUUGAGACGAAGAAACAUGCCGCUACUCUAAUUGGAGGCACUAAGGGGCAUGGACAGAUACAAGGUACCCAUUCCAUCUCAGCUGGUCUGAGCUAUGCUGGGGCCGGUGACAAGGACGUGGAGAGGGUGGCGGAUGAACUGCCUAGGCUUGGACCUGAAGUUGGGUGGGAAUUGAGGUUCUAA